GGCGCUGUCGCCAUGUUGACGUACGGCCGUGAGAAGGGACGCUGUUUUCAGAAAUAAUAAUAAUAAUAAUAAUAAUGGCGUUAGUAACAAGGAAAGGACGAAGCUGUGCGACCUGCCGUACCGUUUAAGAAAGGGGAUUUUUGUUUUGGAUUUGUUCUUGUGUUUUUGAGAGUGACUCGAUCUCGCCCGUCCUCUUGAAUGAAUUGUCGGCUGGAGUGUCGUUAGCCAUGAGCCGACCAUCGUCAGCCGGCGGCGGGAAAGCGGGCAAGCACACGGCGACGGCGGCGGCAGUGGCGGCGGCAGCGGCUGGUGGAGGUGGAGGUGGAGGUGGUAGUGGUAGUGGAGGAGGUGGAAGUGGUAGUGGUGGUAGUGGUGGUGGAGGAGGAGGAGGAGGAGGAGGAAACGGCAAUCCAGCCAUAGCAGCAGCGGCCGCGGCGGUAGCGGCCGCGGCGGCCGCAGCAGCGGGAGGAUCCAGCCCGCCUCAGCCCGAACUCACUUCCCUCUUCGAGUGCCCGGUUUGUUUUGAUUAUGUGCUGCCGCCCAUCCUGCAGUGCCAGGCCGGGCACCUGGUAUGUAACCAGUGCCGGCAGAAACUUUCCUGCUGUCCGACUUGUAGGGGCCCUCUCACCCCCAGCAUCAGAAACUUGGCUAUGGAGAAGGUGGCUUCAACCAUCCCUUUCCCAUGUAAGUAUGCUACAGCUGGUUGUCUCUUGUCGCUGCACCACACGGAAAAGCCAGAACAUGAAGAGGUUUGUGAGUUUCGACCGUACAUGUGCCCUUGCCCAGGAGCAUCUUGCAAGUGGCAAGGAUCAUUGGAAGCCGUCAUGCCUCAUCUCAUGCAUACGCACAAAAGCAUUACAACUCUGCAAGGGGAGGACAUAGUAUUUCUGGCAACUGAUAUCAACCUUCCUGGUGCUGUAGAUUGGGUUAUGAUGCAAUCCUGCUUUGGUCACCACUUCAUGCUGGUGCUUGAGAAACAAGAGAAGUAUGAAGGCCAUCAACAGUUCUUUGCCAUUGUUCUUCUAAUAGGCACGCGUAAGCAAGCCGAAAACUUCGCCUACAGGUUGGAACUGAAUGGAAACCGCAGACGCCUCACAUGGGAGGCCACUCCAAGGUCCAUCCACGACGGAGUUGCAGCAGCAAUCAUGAAUAGUGAUUGCUUAGUCUUUGAUACCUCCAUAGCUCAUCUUUUUGCAGAUCAUGGGAACCUGGGUAUUAAUGUUACGAUCUCAAUGUGCUGAAUUGCAAUGUUGUAAUACAGCAGUAUACAUGUAACAAUUGAAUGUUUGCAGUAGGCAAAAGAAUGCAGUUCUAUAUACUUUUCAGCACCUUGCUUGUGUAAUAGGUGCUAGCCCAUUUGACUGCUCCUUGCGUGCAUGUGUUGGAAUGUAAUGAAGGCAUGCUCAGCACGUGGUUCCAAGCCUGACUAAAAGAAGAUGGAAACAAAAACACCAAAACACAUCCAAGUUGUUGCAGCUGUUUUAUAAAGGAAAAGUGAUUCAAUCCUUUUUGUAAAGAAUCAUGUUUUCCUGCUUUGUGAAAUGUAAGUUCAAAUUAUUUGAGGCAAAUUAUUCAAGGCAAAUUAUUCAAGAUCUAUUUGUGUACGGGUCCAGUAUAUAGAACUACGUUAUGCGCCACAACAGUACUUAAAAAUGCAAAGCCAGUAGAUGCUUGUGCCUAUCUUAAAUAUGCUUCAGGAGAACAAUUUCUGAAUAGUUACUUACGAAGAUCCGUAACGGUGAAGGACCAUGGCGUGAAAUUAUUUUUAUUUGUUGCCAUGGCAGAUGGGUUUUGUUGUAAUUUUCUUUUAGGUAAAAAUUUGGGAACAAAUUUGCAGAGUAGAAAUGGGAGUUUCGUAAUAUUAUAGCAGUCAUUGAUAAAUCUAAUAUCAGCAUUGUCCAGUUAUAAUCCUAUUAUAUCUGUAUGCAGCUACUUGUAUUGGAUUAAGUUCUAUUCAGAUUCUUUGUUAUUAAAUUGUCUAAUCACAUGUUUAAAUGCUGACUGCAGGCUCACAUUUUGAGUAAUCUGUUUGUUAUUUGUCUCCUGAAUGAGAGAAGUUGCUUUACUCCAUAAAGUAUACAUGGGUACAUUGGCUAGCUUUGUACUGAACUGCACAGCCAGGUUCACUGAUUGAAUAGUAACAUUAAUUUCUUUUAAAAAUGAAAUGCUAGAAUAAUUGUGUAGAGCCAGCCAGUAUUUAUUAAUGAAUUACAACUGUUAGCUAUAAUGAGCUUGCUGACUUCUAAAUGAUAUUGAAUAAACGUUGUUUAAAAGAAAUGUUGAAGUUAGAUUAGAAUUUAACCAACAUGCUAGCAGAACACUAAAGAACCAAGGAUAUUAUAACAUUCUCAGCAUAUGAUUUAUUUGUUUUAUUCAGUUAUGCUAAGUGUUUGCUUAUUUUCACAAAAAUAAUUGAGUGGUGGUAAAAGAAAUUGUCUUUCCAGUGCUAUCCCUUCACCCCACCUACCAUAGGGGAUUAAAGACAGCUUUUCAUACUAUGCUGCAUCCACUGGGGUGAUCUCUACUUAAAAUUUCAAUCUGGAAUGCACAUGACUUCAGUUUAUUCUAUCAGCUGUCAUCUUCCUCUUUGCUGUCUUCCUCUCUCCCACAUAGUUGUGCUUUUCUUUUAAAAUGCUUGUGGAUCAAACUCCUUGACAUGCCUUGAGUCACAAUAGAUGCAGUUUUUAUUGAUAAUGGACUUCAUUUUCCACAAAUACCUGUUGCUAUUCAUAGCCUGUCACCCAAAUUUCAGAAAAUCUUUGAUUCAGAAUUAAGUACAAUUAUUGAUCCCUGUUUUUGUUCAUUUUAAGGUGUUGGGUACCUAUUCCCACAGAGCAGUUUUUUUUAAACUAAGAGUUUCUUUGCUCUAUUAUGAUCAGUGGAUCCAAUGAUGAACUUGCCAUCUACCCAUAAAGGAAUUUAGACUAGUCUUUGAGUAUGCCUUUAUCUGGAGAACAUUUUGACAGCAGGCAGUUUGCAACUCCAGUUUAAGAUUGGAUUUGAAAAUCUAACCCUUUUCAUUUUUUGCUGAUACUUUAAAUUUAUUCCAGGUGGGAACUCACUGGCAAAUCCCUCUUACACAGAAUAUAAUUAAGGUAAAAUUGCAAGCAGAAUCUAGGGCAUUUUGGUCUGGUCAGAUUUCAUGGUUUCACUUAAUUGAUGUAAACAACUGAGACUUUAUCAUUCUUGCUCUGUGGUAACUUGGAAUAUUGAAAAUAUUUCUGUAGAAAACCUAGCAGCAUUCUUGGUUUUGCAUCCCUGCAGUAAAUAGAUGAUAAAUGGCUCAAGCAUUAUUUUCAGGUGAGUGCUAGGAAAUGUCAUAUGGCUUUUGAAGUAAUUGACAGAUACCUGGACCAAUUCAAGAUUUUUCGAGAAAGUAAUGAUAAACAAACAUACCCAGAAGCAUCUUCACUUCUUUAAUAACCAUAUUAAUCCUACCAUAAGUAGCUCCAUGAAUAUGCCAUACAGUCGUGCAAAUUAUCUUCAUUUAAUAAGUUCACACUUAAUCUUUGACCUUAAAUUUCCUGCCUGAUUCACAUAUCCUUUGUUUUCCGUAGAUUAUAAUUAUUGAGUCCAUCUCCAGAUACAUGUAUAGUAUUUGACAGAAAUAUUAGGAAGCAGCAUCCAUUUUGUGAUAUUAUUUGCACAGAUCCCCAUAUCCAAUAAGAACUUCCAUGGGUCUAUUAGUAAUGAAGGCCCUGUUGUUAUAGUCACAGAUGUAGUGUCUGCAUUGAAGCCAGUCCAGCUACCAAAAAUAACAGUACUAGAAGAAAAUUCAAAAAUGUGAUUUUUAGUUAAGAAAUUCUAAAUUUGUGAACUCUUGGAAGUGCUCCUGUUAGAUCAUUAAUGUCUACUUAUAACUUGUAUUCCUUCUUUUGAAGUUUGGUAUUCAUUUUAAGGAAAGAUCUAAGCAUCUGUUUUUGACAGCAAUCCAUAAACAGCAAAAUUUAUAGCAUAUUACCUUUUUGGCUGAUGUACCAGUCUUGCUUUGAAUAUUGCUUCACUAAUUUACAAGUUUGAAGUGGGAGUUUGUGAAGAGAGAGAUUGGAUGCGUAAUUGAAUACGGGAUGGGCUGAGGGUAAUGUGGUGAUGGUGAUGGUGAUGGUGAAGGUACAGUCACCGAAGGGCAGACGGUGCAGGAAUUGUUAUCAGACCUGUUUAAGGCAAUUAUUCCUCAGAUGCGUCCAGGACAGCAAAUAGCAAUAAUUCACACAACUUCAAAUUCUGUUUCUCAACAAUAAUGCAUUUUGUUAGAGAUGUUCUGCACCGUGCCUGGUUUAUUCUUUACCCUUUUCAAGUAUAAUGUGAGGUUUUUUAUGAAAUGAUAUGAGAAUUUUUUUGAUUGAAGAUAUACUAUAUUUUUCAUUCUCCACUUGGUGCCUCGUAAUGUGAAUUUCUCACUCUUCAUUUGUGAGGCAUGUUUUCUGUAUGCAGUUUUGCAGAAUACAACCUGUACAGGCAUGGUUAUUUUUAAUGGGUAUUCUCCGGAGGUUUCAAUAAACUGCUUUUAGGGCAAUUUUUAAAAAUCUAUUCUUCCUAUAAAUUUUCAAAAUUUAGGACAGUUUCAAAUUUAAUUAAAAUAUUAAUGCAGUUUUCCAUCCUUCAUAAUUCUGAAUAGCAAAUGAUUUAAUCUAACGAUAUGUCAUCUGUUAAUAGCAACCUACCCAAGAAAUGGUCUUCUUAAGGACAAAAAGAACAAGUGUGUUUCGGACAGACCGCCCUCUGAUAUACCCCUCUCCACACCCCUAACCAGUUGUAUGAUUUAACUUGACUCUACUUGAAAUACACAUUCAUUUGAAGAAUGAUGUCCUUUUUAAAGUUUAAGUGAAUCUACCCUUCUGGGCACUGACCGAGAAGAAUCCAGCUAAGAUAUGAAUGGAUCUGUAUCUUUUUAAUUAAUCUUCCUUACUUAAACAGACCUGAUUAGAUAUUUAAUAGUAAAUGUUACCUCUUGAUCCAUGAAAACAGUUGGUAAAUCAGUGCUCAGUUUUGAUGUACUAACAUUGAGACACAUGGGUGAUCAAUAUAGUUCAGCCAUUUUUAGAAAACUGCAGCUGAACUUAAUCAAAGUAAAAGCAUAGAAAUGAGUGUGUGCUUAAUGCAGUCAUCUUUUAUACUCUUGCAGCAGUGCGUUCAAUAAAUUUAAUCAAAUAAAAACCCAAUAGGGUGACUGUUGCUUUGAAUUUUGUCAAACAUGGUAGUUUAUACUGUAUGAGUUUUUUAAAAAAAAUUACUUUUGGUAAUUAUGCUAAUGUGCAUUUUUGAAUUCAAAUUUGGAUACUGUGGAUUUCCUGUUGAGCAGGUGUUAACAUUUGUAUUGUACAAGAUUUUCUGUUUCGUUUUAUAUAUUUGUGUUUCUGUGCUGUGUUUUCUUUCUAUGUAUGUUUUGUUGUACUGAAAGAACAAAUAGUUCUCUGUUUAAAAAGUUGUUUAAUUCUUAUCACGAAUGGCUGUUUAAAUGCAGCAAAACUUUAGUUUUGAAGUGACCACUCUUUUUAAUCAGGAAAAUUGUUCUGUACUAGUAUAAAUAACCUAUUUCCUCCUUGCUCUGUAUCCAAAUUGCAAUAAAUUAAAACAACUUACAA